AUAUUCUGGCACACGUGACCACUACUGGUCAGUACCGGUAUAUGUCACGUGACCGGCCGCCGCUCAGCCCGCAGCCGAAUCACUCUGGUAUGGGACGUCACAGCCGGGCCGCGUGACGUCACGGGAGAGAGUGUACUUAAGCGUGCGAGGCGGCACAGCGCAAACUGUUAGGUGUCCGAUCCAGAGGAGGGAACGGGUUGGAAGGACUCUCCUAAGAGAGUUCACGGGCCCGAUGAGCGCUCUUAGCUCUACGUCUGAACUCUGAGAGCGACUCUUAGAGGAUGCAGACAGCUGAUAAACUUCAGAAGAGAAACAUCUGAGGAGCGUCGGAGGGAGCACCUUCUGAGGACAUCUCAGAAGAGGAACCAAGAAGUAGCUGUUCGAGCUGGAGUCGAGUGGAGUGAAAGUCAGCUUCGCGCCUCACCAGCUGACCAAGAUGCCGCCCAACAUCCACGCCGCCGCGGAGGUGGUCGAUGAGCAUACUCACGUGCCGGAGCCGGUGCACGAGCCGGUCGUCAUCUCGGACAUCAACGCCAACAAGGUGCUGGCCACGCCUGUGUCUCCGGUCGCCGAAGCUGAAAAACCUGCAGCAACAUCAACUCCAGUGCCGAGGAUCCUGGUUCCGCGCAGCAUGCUGCUUCUCACCGUUCUUCACGUGAUGGCUGCGCUCGGCUGGUGGCACGUGUUCACCGACUGCGACCGGCGCACCUUCUACCACGCCUGGCUCUGGGGGAUCGCCAGCGGUCUGGGAGUAACCGCCGGCGCUCACCGUCUCUGGGCUCACCGCGCCUACAGCGCCAGCCUUCCCCUGCGCGUCGUGCUCAUGAUCAUGUUCACCAUCAGCGGACAAAACGAUAUCUACGAGUGGGUGCGCGAUCAUCGGCUGCAUCAUCGCCACUCGGAGACCGACGCUGACCCGCAUAACGCCACCCGAGGGUUCUUCUUCGCGCACUGCGGCUGGCUGAUGGUGCGCAAACACCCGGAGGUUCGUAGGCAGGGAGCCAAAGUGGACCUGUCCGACCUGCUGGCCGAUCCGGUGGUGGCGUUCCAGCGCCGCUGGUUCGUGCCCAUGGUACUCAGCUGGAGCUUCAUCAUUCCGUCGCUGAUCCCGCACCUGGCCUGGGGGGAGAGUCUCAGUAUCGCGCUGCUCAUCUCCACUGCCCGCCUGGUGACGUCACUACACUGUACGUGGCUGGUGAACAGCGCUGCGCACAUCUGGGGGAUGCACCCGUACGACGACCACAUCCACCCGGCGGAGAACCUGGGCGUGGCCAUCGCGGCGCUCGGAGAGGGAUGGCACAACUACCAUCACGUCUUCCCCUGGGACUACAGGGCGGCUGAACUGCCUGGCUACGGCGCCAAUCUCACCACUGGGUUCAUUGACCUGUGCGCGCAUUUUGGAUGGGUGUGGGGCCGUAAAACGGUGCCACGUGACAUCAUCAAAAGGCGCGCCAAACGCACGGGAGAUGGCAGUUGGGAGCCGCAUCCAGAGCUGAAGGAUUCCGGUAACAUGUAGCAGAGCAUAGUGCUGCCAUCUAUACGUGUUUGGACUUGGUACCGGGAACCGGAUGUUAUAUUGUUUGUGCGGAGUGCAUGAAGGUGAUUGCAGGGCUCACGGGUUAUCGCUUUGAGCGAAAGAGAGCAAGCAGCUGGACUGCUGGGGAGGUUUCCCAAAGACUUUAGCAAAAGGAAGUGUUUUUAUGAAAUGUUUUGCAUGUUUAUUGAUAUGUGGGCAUGGCGCCAUGUUGAAUUGGAAAGGCUCCACAUCUUGCGGAUAGGCCUUUUUAGCGGCGGCAUUUUGUUGUGCCCAGUUGAGUGUGCUGUGACGUUUUCGUCAACCGGGACAGAUCAUUUUGAGGCGGAUCUCGAUGGAUGAUUUCGUUUGACAUUUGUGAAUAUGCUGUGCCAUUUGGGUGUCACUUUCGCCGCCUUUUAUAUACAUUUUAGUGGUCACUGGGCCAGGAUUCA